AUGCCUUCGAUCAUCGUCUUUGGCGCUUCCGGCUUUGUCGGCGCUCCCUACACAAGAGCCAUCAAGCAAGCCCACCCAGACUGGCAAGUCACCGCCUACGUAAGAAGCACCCAGCCAGAAAAUGAGCUCAAAGCCAACCUCAACGCCGACCGCAUCAUCGUCGGCGACUUCAACGACUUCGAAAAAGUCAAAAACGCCAGCAAAGAGCACGACAUCGCCGUCAACGCUGGUAACUCCUUCACCGGCGAGCCAGUCACCGCCAUCAUUGCAGGCCAGAAGGAAAACGCCAGCAAGGGCAAGCUGAUCCAUAUCAGCGGUGCAGGAAACUUCAUCGACUUCGGCACCUCGGGGAAUUUCAACCCUGAUAGCAAGGUUUGGAACGAUGCUAGUGAGGAGGACAUCAGGGCUAUUCACAAGGAUAUGUUCAACGGUCAAUCUGAUGUGCCUGUCCUGGAAGCUGAUGGCGUUGAUACCUACAUCGUCUGUCCGUCGGUGGUCUACGGUGGUGCGAGUGUGUCGUCACCGUCUGGGGGCAUUGGCUAUAAACUUCUCACUGGCAAUGCCAAGCCUCUGGGCUACGUUCCCUAUGUCGGCGAUGGAACAGCUGUUGUGAGCACGACACACAUUCUCGACCUCAUCGAGUUUCUAGUCAAGAUCACCGACGUUGCAGCCCAAGGCCCCGCCCAAGGAACUCCGUACAGUCGCUACUACAUGCUCGAAACCAGCAGAGUCGCGUGGAAGGACCUUGCAACCGAGCUUGCCAAGGCGAUGCAUGCAAGAGGCAUCCUCGCAAGCCCUGAACCAAAGAGCGUUUCUUUCGAGCAGGCUGGCGAAGGGGAGGUCAAGCAUCUUGUUGCUGCAAAUAUGCUUUUCAAGGGUGAUCGUGCUGCGGCGAUGGGCUAUAAGACGAAAUAUCCUAGUAUUCUAAAGCAGAUCCAUAAUGACCUUGAGGAGAUUCCUAUUUAG